CUGCGGCCUUCACUAAACAAUCUCUGACUAGUGACAAACAAUUUCUUGUCCUGUAACUGCAAAUUCCAUCAUCAUGUGCACAUAUAAUAGUGAAAAAAUUUUAAAAAUAAAAUAAAAUAAAAUGGUUACUCUCACUGUCUUCAAUUGGUAAUGAGAAAGUAUGAGCAAUGUACAAGUGGUACUGCAAAGUUUAUGCAGUGAUGGGUGCUGAAGCCACGGCUCCAACGGUGGCACCAUUUAAUGAUACCCAAAAACCUGAGCAUUGGAAGCAUUUUGAUGACUCUGUGAAUGCAGUGUCUUUUGGGUUUGUUGCCACUGCCAUACUUAUUUCUAUGUUUCUUCUUUUGGCUAUUUUUGAGAGGUUUCUUAGGCAAAGAUCAGAUGAACCCAGUGUUCCAGUUCAAAUGGAUCUUGAGCACCAAAUGGACAUUGGAGUAAAGCUCGAGAAUCUAUCACCCAAGAUGACAAUUUAUGGAAGAGGUGUGUUAGUGUUGAUGCCUGGUGAGCAGAUUCCUACAUUCAUUGCACUUCCUACUCCUGCACCAUGUUCCCCAGAACCCAUCUCAUUGCCCAUCCCACAUAAGCCAUACUUCCAUGCACCUUUAGCAUCAAUAACACGCUAUAAUAUAUCACAAGGAGCUAGAAAUGGGAUGGUUCCUCCAUUUUGAUCAAUGGCAACAAUCAAGUUCAUAUUAUUUAGCCGUGUGUAAAAUUAAUCCCCCUAGUGAGACUCAUCAAUGACGGGCAUUCUUUGGAUCAUAAAUGAACACGUUUGUGAAUCCAGUAAACAGCACAAUGACAUUCUU